GUGACCGAGACACCACGAUCGCUUAGAAGACCCAUAGAUCGUAUCGUUAUCUAAUUCGUAUUUUUUUUUAUCACGAUGGGGCGAUUCCUGCUUACAGUUCUGGCUCUUUGCACUCUCGAUGCGUUUGUGCAUGGAAAAGCUGUUGUGAGUCCUAGAAAACAGGCUGAGCUUAUGGAUUUCAUGGUAAGGUAUGGAUAUUUGCAUCAACCAGACCCUAGAGUAGAAAAAGAUCUUACCAAUGAAGAUGUUACAUUGGCCGUGAAAAAUCUCCAACACAUGAGGGGACUGGCAGAGACCGGAAGUCUUCAGGACCCUGACACUGCAGCUUUGCUAGACGUAAAGCGUUGUGCAGUGCCAGAUUUUGGGCCAUCGGAUACCGCUAAGAGAAAGCGGCGAUAUGCUGUGCACGGGACGGUAUGGAACAAAAAGCUGUUAACCUACAGAAUCGUUAACUAUCCAUCAACGACCAAGCUUAAAGUUAAAGAAGUCGACGAUACAAUAAAAAAAUCUCUAGAUUCGUGGUCAGCUGUCAGCCAAAUAAAGUUCGAACGCAUCACUGACGAUAACACAGAAGCAGACAUUAUGAUCAGUUUUGUGACUGGUUACCAAGGAGACAGCAGACCAGCGGAUGGGCCUGGAAAAGAGCUGGCACAUGCGUUUUUUCCUCUUGAUAACAAAGGUCUGGCAGGUGAUCUACAUUUUGACAACGAUGAAGAAUUUGAUAUCAGUGGCAGUCCAGACAAGGUGGAUUUCAACUGGCUCUCGCUACACGAGCUCGGUCAUAGCCUGGGACUAGACCAUUCUUGGCAUAUCGACUCUGUUAUGUUCCCUUUUUAUCUGGGUUAUACUCCCGGUCUGAAGCUUGAUAAGGACGAUGUAGAAGGAAUCCAGCAGCUUUAUGGUAAACCAGAAAUCGACCUUGUCACACCUACUCCCCACACCAAUCCUACACAGCCCCCUGGGAUACCAGAUUUUUGUUCCCUGGAGAAGCUUGACGCUAUGGUUAUGACGAAGAACAAGAAAACGUUCGCUUUUAGCGGAGCGUAUUUCACAGAGAUCGCUGAUACGGGUGCAGGUAAAGUUAUGAAAAUAAAGGACCAUUGGGCGGGAUUAGAAGAUGACAUCGACGCUGCAGUUACUAGACGAUACAAUGGAUGGACAUACUUUUUCAAGGGCACCAAAUUCUGGAUCUUAAAAAACAAGCAUCUAAUACGAGGACCUAUAGACAUCACUGUUCCACAUAAAGAUGGCGGGAUGGGCCUUCCAAAGGAACUGUACAAUAUGGAAGCCGCUGUCGAAUGGGCUGGGAAUGGUCGCAUGUAUUUCUUCAAGGGAGAGGACUAUUGGCGUUAUAAUUAUUAUCGACGAACAGUUGACUAUGGGUACCCCAAGAAAAUCUCCAAAGCCUGGCUUGAUGUUCCAAAUGAUCUGAACGCUGCCUUGCAGUGGAAGAAUGGCAAAACAUACUUCUUGAAAGGGAAGAGCUAUUACGCUUUGAAACGCCGAGGAAGACCAAGGGUUGAUGCCGGAUAUCCCAAGGACAUUUCGGCCUACUGGAUGGGAUGUAACCAACAGGGACUUAUCAAAGGAAAAAUAUCCCCCGGGAGGUCGUCUUCUUCCUCUGUUUUACCAAAUACUCUUGUCUUGCUUGGAGGCAUGCUAACUUGGUUAAGACUUUAUCAGUAUUGAACUAAGCUCAAUAUGAAUAUAAAAAACGACCAACUGUUGCCCACCAGCGCACUGGUCGAGUUCUCGAAAUUCCUUUGUGGACCCGAACUCACAUUUUAAAAUCUUAUUCUAAAGAAUAUUAGUACGGGUCAUACCCCCAAUGAAAAGAGUAUCUUUGUUGUAUGAAUUUAAAAACUAAAGUAUUUGCAUGAAAUAUCUCGAUGGUGAAUAUGUAAACGCCACCAACGAAACUCAUUUUAUGGGGACGGCGGCUGUUGGAAGUUCGAGAAAAUCCCAGGUUUAGGAACUGCAGCAAAGCACUCUGGAGUGGCUCACAAAGAAAAUGAGAAUAGUAGAGUUAAAAACGGACUUCUCCAGGAAAAUAUUCUGAUGUACAUUUUGAGAACGCCGUCUCAAUGUAACUAUAGACAUCAUCAUUCACACAUGUAACAUUUUCAUCAUUUUGGAGAAAAAAGAUUGAAAAUCGAAAUAGUUCACUCCAUUUCAAAUAACUUUACAUAUUAUUGUAUAAAGCAUUUAAAAAUGUGGAAGAAAUCUUAUCGAAUUUGGUAUAUAGUUGUAUGUUCGCUCUUUAUCAAGAAGAUAAAGUCUGUUUCUAUGAGACAAAGAAUAUAGUAUAGAUAUUGAACAAACCGGAAAAAUAAAAAUAAUUUUCCAUUGA